AUGGAGGUUACAUCACAAUUUAACCAUGGAAAUGUAAAAACCCAUCACUCACUGUCAGCACACAUGCCAGCUCUAGCAUACAUGGACGAUACCCUUUGGUUGUCACAAUCUAAAGAGUCCCUUAAUAGUAUGCUCUGUAUAGCCGAUAGCUUCUAUGAAUUAAAUUCUAUCCAGAUACCUUGGCAUUUGGAUCUCGAUGUCGAACAACAAACAGUUCAUUCAAAAAUAAGUUCAAAUAGACUUGCACACAGCUACCCACGCCUUACGACCAAAAGUACUCACAGAUAA